GUCUAGUGGGCUGGGUUUAGGUCAUUUCCGAGGCGGGAGGAUGAAGUUGAUUGAUCAUGAUCUCUCAGGCAACCAGUUUUGCACGCAGCGUGGACUGCGUGAACUGAUCAAAUUCGGGAGCAACGGAACCUGUGUGGCACCUAAAGAGUCUGCUGAAGAGGAGGGCCAUGGACUUGAUCACCUCUACAGCCAUCCUGCCCUUGCUGUUAGGCUGCCUGGGCAUCUUUGGCCUCUUCCAGCUGCUACAGUGGAUUCGCAUGAAGGCCUACCUGAGGAAUGCUGUGGUGGUGGUCACAGGCGCCACCUCUGGGCUGGGGAGAGAAUGUGCCAAAGCCUUCUAUGCUGCUGGUGCUAAGCUGGUGUUAUGUGGCCGGAAUAUGGAGGCCCUCGAGGAACUUGCCAGAGAGCUCACAGCUUCUCGUUCCCCACAGAAGCAGACACAUAAGCCCUACACAGUGACCUUCGACCUCACAGACCCUGGGGCUGUCAUGGCUGCAGGAGCUGAGAUCCUGCAGUGCUUUGGCCAUGUGGACAUCCUCAUCAAUAAUGCUGGUAUUAGCUACCGUGGAGCAAUUAUAGACACCACAGUGGAUGUGGACAAGAAGGUUAUGGAGACAAACUACUUUGGCCCUGUUGCUUUAACAAAAGUGCUCCUGCCAUCGAUGAUCAAGAGGAGGCGAGGCCACAUCGUCACCAUCAGCAGUGUCCAGGGCAAAAUUAGCAUUCCUUUCCGAUCAGCCUACGCAGCCUCUAAGCACGCAACCCAGGCAUUCUUUGACUGCCUGCGUGCCGAAAUGGAACAGGAUGACAUCAAGGUGACUGUCAUCAGCCCUGGCUACAUCCGCACCAACCUCUCUGUAAAUGCUGUCACCAGUGAUGGGUCCAGAUAUGGAGCUAUUGACAGGAACACAGCCCAGGGCCGAAGCCCUGCAGACGUGGCCCAGGAUGUUCUUGCUGCUGUGGGGAAGAAAAACAAAGAUGUGAUCCUGGCUGACUGGGUGCCUUCCUUGGCCAUUUAUCUUCGCAGUCUGGCUCCUAGGCUCUAUUUUAGCAUCAUGGCCUUCAGGGCCAGGAAGGAGCAGAAAUCCAAGAACUCCUAAUGUGGAUCAGAGCUGGGGCUGAGAAUCAACACCGUGUCUACAAGGGACAACUGCAUUUGUUGAGACUUGAGUGGAGGUUUGCCUCACAGGUGGAAACACUGAAGAAACACUUCCCUGGCCUGGCCCCUGUCCCCAGAGAGUGGGAACCAAACCAGGCAACAAGUUUCUUCCCAAGGUGAGGGGUAAAUGCAUAAGGAAUAAAUAUUGUGCAGGGUUUAAACUCUAAAACUACAAAUUAAAUGACUGGAACAGUAAGUCAGUCUUCAAGGA